UCCCCUUUCUCUCUCCGUCUUCCUCACCCACCCCCUUUCUCUCCGUCUCCCUCGUCCCUACACCUCCAGUCUGCUUCUGUUGUCUCGGCGGAUUGUUGGGCUGUGGGAGAGAAAGGAUAUCGCGAGUAUUGGAGUUUUGGUGAGAGUUUGUGGAAGAUGGCGCCUGUUGUGACAGGGAAGUUCGGGGAGCGCCCUCAGCCACUGCGCCUAACAAGAGAAGCGAUGAGGAAUUACCUGAAGGAGCGAGGUGACCAAACUGUCAUGAUCCUGCACGCAAAAGUUGCACAGAAAUCCUACGGCAAUGAGAAAAGGUUCUUCUGCCCUCCUCCCUGUGUUUACCUGAUGGGCAGCGGCUGGAAGAAAAAGAAGGAGCAGAUGGAGCGGGACGGCUGCUCCGAGCAGGAGUCGCAGCCCUGUGCCUUCAUCGGCAUCGGCAACAGCGACCAAGAAAUGCAGCAGCUUAACUUAGAGGGAAAGAAUUAUUGCACAGCCAAAACCUUGUACAUAUCCGACUCCGACAAGAGAAAGCACUUCAUGUUGUCUGUCAAGAUGUUCUACGGCAACAGCGCUGACAUCGGUGUCUUCCUCAGCAAGAGGAUCAAAGUCAUCUCCAAGCCCUCCAAAAAGAAGCAGUCGCUCAAAAACGCUGACUUGUGCAUCGCAUCAGGGACCAAGGUGGCACUGUUCAACCGGCUUCGGUCCCAAACAGUCAGCACGCGCUACCUACACGUGGAGGGCGGCAACUUUCACGCCAGCUCCCAGCAGUGGGGCGCCUUUUACAUCCACCUGUUGGAUGACGAGGAGUCAGAAGGAGAAGAGUUCACUGUGAGAGACGGUUACAUCCACUACGGCCAGACAGUCAAACUGGUUUGCUCUGUCACUGGCAUGGCCCUGCCCAGACUGAUCAUCCGUAAAGUGGACAAGCAGACGGCGCUGCUCGACGCCGACGACCCCGUCUCCCAGCUCCACAAGUGUGCCUUCUAUCUGAAGGACACAGAACGCAUGUACCUGUGCCUUUCCCAAGAAAGGAUCAUCCAGUUUCAAGCCACUCCAUGCCCAAAGGAACCAAACAAGGAGAUGAUCAACGACGGCGCCUCCUGGACAAUCAUCAGCACAGACAAGGCUGAAUACACUUUCUACGAGGGCAUGGGCCCUGUCCACUCGCCUGUCACCCCCGUGCCUGUGGUAGAGAGCUUACAGCUAAACGGUGGAGGCGACGUCGCCAUGCUCGAGCUGACAGGACAGAACUUCACUCCAAAUCUGCGGGUCUGGUUCGGAGACGUUGAGGCCGAGACCAUGUACAGGUGUGCGGAGAGCAUGCUGUGCGUGGUGCCCGACAUCUCCGCCUUCCGCGAGGGCUGGCGCUGGGUGCGGCAGCCCGUCCAGGUGCCCGUCACGCUGGUUAGGAACGACGGCAUCAUCUAUUCCACCACACUGACCUUCACCUACACGCCGGAGCCCGGGCCGCGGCCACACUGCAGCGCCGCCGGGGCCAUCCUGCGGGCCGGGAACGCCAGCCUGCUCAGCAACAACAGCCAGGAGGCCGGCGCCGGCGUCUAUGGCCCCAACAGCACCUCCAGCGCGGGAGUCACAUCCUCAUCCUCCACCGCCGCAGCCGUGGUCUCCUAACGCACACAGGGGGCCACUCAAUACGUAUAUGCCUUGAGAGCAGAUGUACCACAAGGUAUAUAAAGACUAUGGGAAAUAAUAAACAAAGACUGACUCACUCUAAAGUGCUGCGUAAUUUUGGAUACAAAGAAGCUGAAAUGGAAAAAAAAAAAAAAUUUGGUGGGAGAAACGGAGCAGGGGAAAUCUGAAGGAGGAGUGACAUCACAAGCCGACGGGAAUAAGUGCUCCUUGACACGCCCCCCCCCUCUCCUGUGGUUACUUUAGGGACCUGCCUAUCCAGUUCUGGUGUUUGGAAUGAGUGAAGUUCCUGCAGGCUCAGAGCACCAGCACCUUUCUACGGCUGCGAGAAACCACAACAACAAUACAUCCACAAAAUAAAAAAAUCUCCUCAAAGUAUAUUUUUGCGCCGCCCUGCUCCCCUUCCUCCUCCUCCUCCUCCUCCCCCUCCCACCACUUGUUUUAUAAUUAUUCCUUUUGUGUUAUUUUGCAUUGAUUUGUGGUUUCCUAAAGGGGGCUGGAUGUAUUGUUGUUGGAGGGAGGAUGCAGAGGGACACACAUAAAAAACGUGACGAUAACAUAGUUUUUAUGGACCAAGGAUCUUGUAUAAGCUUUAGUAAAGGUACAUUUUUCUCCAUACCUUUUUUGUAUUAAACAUAUAGUACACUUUUGUUACCAAAUAGUUUCUAUUCUUCCUCUGAGCUUGGGCUUUGUUUUCCCCCCUUUGAGGUCCAAAAUCCCAACCUGUAUGUUAUUACGACCUUACUACAAACAAACGCCUGCUUUUUCAAUCUUUGGAUUGAUUUUUUUUUUUUUAUACUCUUGCUUCUUCUGUUGGGAAAAAAAAUCUGAAGUCUGGGUUGUUUAUUUACAUAAGCGAAGGUUGUUUUUGUUUUGUUUUGUUUUUUUUAAAUUGGGGAAUAACCUCAGAGGGCCUAUGUUUUAUCAUUGGUUUUUAUGAAGUCUUUAAAAAGAAAAGCUUUAAGCAACGCCUCUGCCUUGCCUGCAAUACUCUAUGUGCGCUAUGUCUCCUUCGGAAAGUAUACACAUCAGUACAUCUCACAUGGAGCCAUAGCAACACUUUGCAGAAUACGUGAAAAACUAGACUUCCACGGUUACGAGAAACAAGUCAAACUAAUGUAACAAAGCGUAGUCGUUGACUUCAAAGGAUAGCCUUAGUACUGUAUAUUCUUACUGUGUACACAGUCAAACCGCUCACAUAUCUAAUAUCCUGUAUCUGUUGCUCUAUCGGUCACUGUUAACGUAUCAGAGGCUACGUUCACAUCACGGGCCUCAGCGCUCAAGUCCGGUUGUCUCUCCAUAUCCGAUUUAUCUGCCUGGACUGUUCACAUUCAUGUGCGUUGGACAAAAAACGUCACAUUUGCGAAACGUAGACGUGAAGGCUUACUUUCCCAAAGGAUUACCGCAGCAGGAACGUCCGAUGAUGUCAUUCAGCAUGCUAAUUAGCCAGUUGCUUCUGUUUGGGAGAGUGUGGAGUAGUUUUGGAGCAACGCCCAUUUGUUUUCGGAAUACCAGGCUGUCAUACAAAUCGGCUUUCGGUCCGCUAGCUCUGUUAGCAAAUCUGUGGAGAGUCAGAAGUGUCGGGUCACGAUAGGAACAGUUCUUCCAAACCCAAACAGCCACUUUUAGGGGCUGAAAAAAAUAGGCUAAUGCCAAAACUGCAGUUCCUCUAAUGACCACUAGAGGCUGGCUCCAAAGCGAGUCAAUCCCCAUAGACCACCAUGUUAAAAUGCCCAACUUUACAGAAGAAAUAAACUUGUUGACAGCCUGGUACAAAAAUGGUUUUAGUCUCUAUAGCUAAUUUCACCAUCCGUGACAACUGUAUGGGUAAAUUCAAGAUGGCAAUGGCUACAUGCUGAACUGGAGGCUUCAGACUGGCACUCUACAAACCAGUGGGUGAUGAUAUGGUAGCUACAGCCAAAAUGAGUUCCUGCGUGGGGUGUCUGGGCUUAGCCUUAGAGAUAGGGUAAAGAGUUCGGACAUCUGAAGGGAGCUCGGAGUAGAGCCACUGCUCCUUCGCGUUGAAGGGGGUCAGUUGAGAUGGUUCGGGCAUCUGAUCAGGAUGCCUCCUGGGCGACUCCCGCUAAAGGUGUUCCAGGCACGUCCCACUGGUAGGAGGCCCCGGGGGAGACCAAGAACACACUGGAGGGAUUACAUAUCUCAUCUGGCCUGGGAACGCCUUGGGGUCCCCCAGGAGGAGCUGGAAAGAAUCGCUGGAGAGAGGGACGUCUGGGGGGCUUUGCUUUGCCUGCUGCCCCUGCGACCCGGCCCCGGAUAAGCGGAUUAAAAUGGGUGGAUGGAUGGAUGGUAGCUAAGUCCAUUAUUUUAUACAGUCCAUGUCCAAACCCCCCAGCUGAGGUCCGGAUUAAGCCCCAAUUGUCCUCAAAUUCUAGAAACACCCCUGUGUACACCUGACCCGUGCGGGGCUGGAUUUGACUUGCUUAUUCAUUUUAUCUGAUACAUAUUAUUGUUUGUUCGUUAACUGGCCCCUGGACUCCUGCCCUUUUACAAAAGUGGGCCGUAGGCCAAGCAAGUUGAGUAUCCCUGCUUUGGGACGUCCAGGUCUAUUUUCCAGUAUCUCUCUCGGUGCCUCAUAACAGCGCCGUCACGGCAUGAAAAUACUUGGCAGUUGGGCUCUAUUGGCAAUCCUACCGCCCUGGAUGUAUAAAGAGACCUGGAUACAGCGUUUGAGGCGGGGCCCUGUUCAUUCCUAUGAAAGUUCGUCAGUAGUGCAUGAAGCCAAGAAAGCUUGAUGUUUCUGCUGUAUGAAAAUACCUGGAUCUUCCAUACUGUGGGUACCCUAGAGACCUCCACCGGCUGAGCAGCUAGCUUCUGGUUUAGCGCAACGCUAACUUGAAUGGGGAUGAAAAUUCAAUCGUGAGGCUCGUCUAGACUUUCGAGAUGUUAUCGGACCGAAUGGAUCAAAGUCCAAAGGGGUUGUGGUGCUCAAAAAAAUUAUCCACUGAUUUACAGACAGCUCUCUCCCAAUGUAAGUCUAUGGGAAAAAGUCUUUCUGGGCCCAGUGGCGUCACCUAGUGGACCCAGAAGUUGUACUUCCAUGUUUCGCUGCUAUGUAAAAUUGGCUUCAAAGCCUGGUGCUGUUUUCGGGGGACUUGGGUUUAAUGGACCGCUCUGACUCUACAUGGUGAAGAAUGACAUGGAAAAACAUGGAUGUAUGAAGAGAAAUACACGAGUUCUGAUGGUGACCGUUCUCGCAGCGGUCGCCAGUGAUCGGAUCUAGGAGCACAUAAGAAAGUGGCCCAGAUCCGAGUGGAAGAAAAAGGAUUUCUGCGUCCACACCACUCUGGAAAUAUCCGAUCUGUGUGACUUGAGAGCUAAAAGAAA